CAGAAUAGCCAGUUAUUCAAUUUUCGACUCAAUUUCAGGAACCGGAAGUAUCCAGGAACGUAACUACAACUCAACUACCGGUACCUUUCUACGUUUCAGUUGUAUUUCUGUGGUUGAACUACCUGCCCCGCGCUACCGCUAGGCGUUUUCUUGCUUGUAGCCACAGUCAAUUUUCAACCGGGGAAAAACAGACACAACUCUGACAGCAUUAAAACAGGUUGUCUCCAGCCAUGGCUUUCAGCAAAGGUUAUCGUAUUUAUCAUAAACUGGACCCGCCUCCAUACAGUGUGAUUGUGGAAACCAGAAAUCGAGAGGAAUGCCUGAUGUUUGAGUCUGGAGCUGUUGCCGUACUGUCUUCAGCAGAGAAAGAGACCAUUAAAACAGCAUAUACCAAAAUGCUCGAUGCUUAUGGAAUCCUUGGAGUUCUUCGUCUUAACCUCGGGGAUUCUAUGCUGCACAGUCUGGUGGUCGUGACAGGAUGCAGUUCUGUUGGCAAAGUUCAGGAUUCUGAAGUCUUUCGUGUAACUGGCACAGAGUUUGUUUCUCUUAAGAACGACCCUACGGAUGAGGACCGGAUUGCGGACGUCAGGAAAGUCCUAAACUCUGGCAACUUCUACUUUGCCUGGUCCUCCACCGGAGUGAGUCUGGACCUCAGCUUGAACGCGCACCGUAGAAUCCGAGAAGAUACAUCUGACAAUCGAUUUUUCUGGAAUCAGUCCCUGCAUCUCCAUCUCAAGCAUUAUGGGGUGAACUGUGAUGAUUGGCUGUUGAGGUUAAUGUGUGGAGGAGUCGAGAUUCGCACCAUUUACGCUGGCCACAAGCAGGCCAAGGCUUGUGUGAUCUCUCGGCUCAGCUCUGAGCGGGCAGGCACUCGUUUCAACGUCCGGGGAGCAAAUGAUGAUGGUCAGGUGGCCAACUUUGUGGAGACUGAACAGGUUAUUUUUCUUGAUGACAAAGUGUCAUCCUUCAUUCAGAUCCGAGGGUCAAUACCUUUAUUCUGGGAGCAGCCGGGUAUUCAGAAAAACUCGUUUCAGGGGAUUUUGUUGCAGCUGAAUCAAAGUCGAGAAGCAAAAGGACAUCAUGGGAACCAACAGCUGGUCGGUUCCCAUCGUGUCAAGCUGUCACGUGGUUUCGAAGCAAACGCACCGGCUUUUGAGAGACAUUUAAGUGCUUUGAGGAUGCUGUACGGAAAACAGUUGAUCAUCAACCUGCUCGGUAUGAAGGAGGGCGAGAACAUGCUUAGCAAAGCAUUCCAGAGUCACCUGAAAGCUUCAGAACAUGCCAACGCUGUGAAAAUGUUGAACUUUGACUAUCAUCAGAUGGUUAAAGGUGGGAAGACUGAAAAGCUCAACACUGUUCUGAAACCUCUCAUUAGCAAAUUUCUAGACGAAUGUGGUUUCUUCAGCUAUUCUGCGGAAUCUGCCAUUAAGAGAUGUCAGUCUGGGUCCAUUCGUUCCAAUUGUCUGGACUGCUUGGACAGGACCAACAGUGUCCAAGCCUAUAUUGCGCUUGAGAUGCUUCCACAACAGUUGGAAGACAUGGGUCUGACUGAGAAGCCUCAGCUGGUCGCACGGUUUCAGGAGGUCUUCCGUACCAUGUGGUCUACCAAUGGAGACUCGAUCAGCAAGAUCUACGCAGGCACUGGCGCUCUGGAUGGCAAAGCAAAGGGUGGAAAGCUGAAAGACGGAGCUCGUUCGGUCACCAGAACCAUCCAGAACAACUUCUUUGACACCUCUAAACAGGAAGCCAUUGACAUCUUGAGACUGGGCAGCACCCUCAACAGUGACUUGGCAGAUAAAGCUCGAGCCCUCCUCACGACCAGCAGCCUGUACGUCACUGAGCCAAUUUUACAGUCAGCUUCUCCCAGGGUGCUGCUGGGUAUGUGUCAGAACCACUACAAAUACACAAGGCCCAAGAAGAUCAGAGUGUGCGUGGGCACUUGGAAUGUUAAUGGCGGCAAGCAGUUCCGUAGCAUUGCGUUUCGGAAUCACACCCUCAACGACUGGCUCCUGGAUGCCCCUAAAAAAGCUGGUCACCCAGAAUUCCAAGAUAGCAAGUCUAACCCUGUGGACAUAUUUGCUAUCGGCUUUGAGGAAAUGGUGGAGCUGAAUGCAGGCAAUAUCGUCAGCGCGAGCACCACCAAUCAGAAGCUGUGGGCUGCGGAGCUACAGAAGAACAUCUCACGGGAUCAGAGAUAUGUGCUGCUGGCAUCUGAACAGCUGGUGGGCGUGUGUCUGUUUGUCUACGUACGCCCUCAACAUGCACCUUUUAUUAGGGAUGUUGCAGUAGAUACAGUAAAGACUGGAAUGGGCGGGGCCACUGGUAAUAAAGGAGGCGUGGCCAUUCGCAUGCUCUUCCACACCACCAGCAUCUGCUUCGUGUGCUCGCACUUUGCCGCCGGUCAAUCACAAGUUAAAGAGAGGAACGACGACUACAAUGAGAUUGCACGCAAACUGUCCUUCCCCAUGGGUCGUCUGUUGGCUUCCCAUGACUACGUUUUCUGGUGCGGAGAUUUUAACUACCGGAUCAGUCUGCCCAAUGAAGAGGUGAAGGAGCUGAUCAAACAGCAGAACUGGGACGCACUGAUCGCUGGAGAUCAAAUGGUGGAGCAGAAGAACGCGGGACAGGUGUUUAGGGGUUUUAUUGAGGGUAAGCUCGAUUUUGCUCCCACCUACAAAUAUGACCUGUUUUCUGAGGACUAUGACACCAGCGAGAAGUGUCGCACACCCGCCUGGACCGACCGUAUACUUUGGAGGAGAAGGAAGUGGAACUUUGAUAAAACCGCAGAAGAGUUAGAGCUGAAUGUAGUUGGAGCCCCAGUAAAUGAGGAAGACCAGAACCCAUGGAGCCCUGGAGAUCUCAAGUACUACGGGAGAGCUGAGCUUAAGACUUCUGAUCACAGGCCUGUGGUGGCCAUCAUAGAUGUGGAUGUUCUAGAGGUGGAUCCAAAUGCCAGACAUCAGGUAUAUAAAGAAGUGAUCGGCCUGCAGGGUCCACCUGAUGGCACUAUCCUCGUCUCUCUUUGCUCUUCUGGUCCCGAUGAUUAUUUUGAUGACGCUUUGAUUGACGACUUGCUCGACAAGUUUGCAGACUUCGGCGAGGUCAUUCUUAUCAGGUUUGUCGAGGAGAAAAUGUGGGUGACCUUUUUGGAGGGGUACUCCGCUCUGGCUGCUCUGUCGUUGAGCGCUUCCACUGUGAAUGGAAAGACCAUAGACAUCCGUUUGAGGUGUCCCGGUUGGAUAAAGAGUCUCGAGGAGGAAAUGAGUGUGGAGAGAAUCUGUGGCAACAUCCCAACAUCCACUAGCUCUACACUGCUGGCGGAGAACUCUGAGAUGGGUGAAGAGUAUGACAUGGAAGGUGAUGUGGAUGAGGAGGUUGAGGAUAUCUUACCCCAGCACCUGCAACCUGGACUGGGCGCAGAGCCGGGUGUUUCCCCCGCAUCGUCCCCGCGCAGCAGCCCUUGUCCAUCUCCCACCCACGGAGAGCCUGCACCUCCCAUCCGGCCUAUCAGAGCCCCUCCACGCACUACCGGACAACCGCAGGGAGGAUUAAGCCCAGCCACCAGUAGAAGGGAACUGGCAGGUUCUCCUGUUGAUGGUCAGCCAGCUGGAGCUCUUUUUCAGGGACUAGAGCCAAAACGCCCGCCUCCACCUCGCCCGAAUGCCCCACCUGCCCGACCUGCACCUCCACAGAGACCACCACCACCCUCAGGACAAAAAAGCCCAGCCCUAGCACGUGCAGAUCCAUCUGGUCGAGGUCAGGCGACUGGGUCAGCCCCUGUUGGAGUCCCAAGACCGAUUCCACCCAGAGCAGGAGUCAUCAGUGUUCCCCCUCAAGCCAGACCUCCCCCUCUGGCUCAUCCAGGGGCUCCCAGACCCACAGCAGAGGUUCAUCCAGGGGCUCCCCGUCCCUCAUCUGAUAAUCACCCUGGAGCACCAGAACCCAAAAGCAAACCAUCAGAGCUGCCUCUGGGUCCCCCCCCCACACUGCCAGGUCCCAUGAGACCUCAGAUGAUAUCACCCAUGCAACCUCAGCCUGCUGCCUCUCCAAUUCAAACUCCCGUUCAAGCCCAGCAGCCCCCACCCAUACAAUCUCAGCUCCCUGCACCCAUGCAGCCCACCUUUCCCACCCCUCCGGUGCAUCACCAUGCUGCUGGGGCCCCCCUGACACCAUCCGCUGGAGCUUCAGCCACUCCUCAACCUGGACUGGCCUCUCCCAAGCCUCCUCCCAGAAGCCGAUCUUCUCACGCACUGCCACCUGAGUUCGCUCCUGCUCCUUCUCCUAUAUCUCAGGCUAAAACCAUGAAUGGAGUCCUAAAAGAAGCACAAUGGAACCUAGACCCCUUUGAGAUGCUUAACACCCAGUCCCUGCUCCAGAACACAUCAUUCUCCGCCUCCCUCCCUCGAUCCUCCACUAUCCCUCCAUCCUCAACAAUCCCUCCAUCCUCUUCCUCCACGUUACCCGGCUCCCUCUCACUGUUCUCCUCCCUGCCACGCCCUCCUUCAGCUCCAGACACCAGCAGCGCUCCGUGUCUCCUUCCUCCCCCCCACGCAUCCCGUAGCAGGUCCCAAGAGACCCUUCGCACAUCUCCCAAUCCGUUCCUUGCCGACGCCCAACCCAGACCGAACAGCACCAACCCUUUUACCAGUGGCUUGACGUCCUUGCCGCACCGAGCCCUCACUCCUGAUUUUUUCAUCCAGCAGGAGGAUGAAUCGCCCAGACAUGGCCUCAACAGAGCUAGGUCUGCUAUUGUUCACAGUUCAACACUUCCCGCUUCGUUUUCCAGUAAACAGUCUUUAGGUCCCGCCGUGGCACCAGCCCCAGCCAAACAGACCCAGAAGUGGGUCACCUUUGAUGAAGAUUCAGACUUUCUCCAGUCCACAACGGCUCCCGCAUCAGGUGGGACUGGCCCUCCGUUGAUACCCGCUGCUCCAUCCCUUGCUUUCCCACAACCGCCCAGUAGCUUCCCUAAAUCUGCUUUUGACACGGACAAUAACUGGGCGGCUCCUCCCGCCUCUGCAUUCCCAGUAAUUCCCCCUCCGAACCCAAACAGGACUAAUACCAGCAUCAGAAACGCCCACAUCCCAACCAGAAAUGAAUUCACAGAGAGGUGAUACAGUGAGCGGAGAGAGAGCGUGUAUAUAAAAAUGGAGCAAAUAUAUUUGUGUGAAUCUAUUAUCUGUGUAUGGUUUGUAAAAAAAUCUGAUGUUUCCAAACAGACAUGAAGUGUUCAGGCCGUCUCUUUGCCCAAAGCGGACAAAUGAUUAGCUGAAUUAAUGUUUUAUAGAUUUUAGAAAAGGGGCAAAGAGUGUGUGUCUGUUGUCGUCUACAUAUUAAUCUGUUUACACAAAUAUGUAUAAUAUUUUACAUUUCAAAGGCCAGGUUUAUUAUAUCACACAAGCGUUCAUUAUUACAAGCCACUUAAUUGGCCAAUAAAGCCCCUACGCAUAUUAAAUGGCCAAGUUUCCUUCUCACGCUCUGUAACCCAGUGCAGAAGAAAACCCUACGCUGUCAUUUGUUUUAAACGCACAAAUGUUAAUUCCUGGCUGUGUUUCAGACCCGUCCUUUGCCAUCUUAUCUAAAAGUGGGCUAAUUUCAAAAAUGUUGUCGUUUAUCUCAUUGUGAAUGUAUCUUUCACCUGUUCCUAUUGCCUAUGUUAAGAUUACGCUUUAGAGGGCAUGUGCACAGUACAAACACGUGUUUCUGUGCUUUACUGGGUCUGAUUUUCUGGAUGUUCACGGAAUAGACCCCUCUCCCACCCCGCAGUGUAUCCUGUUGCACAGCUAACGCAUUCGAAAUUCUUAAAAAUAUAUCAACGAUACAUAUUCAUAGUUGUUAACUGUCUUCCUAGUGGGUAAAUUACUUAAAUUGUGUUUAUAUUUGCAGUAUGUACAUGCCAUGUCAAAAAGUGCACUGAAGUUCUCUGUCAGACUGAAGCUAAAGUUUGCUAUGUUUAUGUAAAGCGAGCUGUCAUAUCUGUUUCUCUAUCAUCAUCCAUCCGUGUAUAUAAAUAUGUGCUUUCAGUUCCGAAGCUCACGACUGAAUUGCUGUAUUUAACAAAUGUGUCGUGUGUGCGUUUAUUUGGUAGGUUACAUCGAUCUCUCAUUAGAAUGAGGGGUCUUGGUCAUAGCAGCAGUUGUGCUUUCUUUCUGUGCAAUGGUCGUACUGUAGCUGUUCGCUUCACGAAAUCGUACCUUUUAUUUUAAUGGACAGCUCCUUGAUUCUUGAAGUCUUGAUAAAUCUAUUUAUUGUUAUGUGGAGGAACACUGUGCUGUAUUUGGGAGUGUGCUGUCUGUUUAUGUGUACUUGCUGUUUGUGAGAGUGAGCUUGCGUGUUUGCGAUGUCAUCAUUGAGGGAUCUUUGUUGCAAGUCGGGACCCCAGAGUCAUUAAAGCAUUAUCUCACCACAAUGUUUUAAAGAAGGGGUCUUUUGAAGAAAAAUAGGCAUUUUAAUGAACACAAAUGCAAUUGGAUAUUGGAUUAUGAGUGGUGUAAUGUUUAAAGUUACAAAUAUGAUUUAUUUUUCGUUGUGUUGUUUAAAAAAGAUUUUUGAGGAGUUAAAUUUCAGGACUAUGACAACAUUGUGGGGGAACUUUAUUAUUCAGCAUGAGUUGUUUUUCAUAACCAUGUUAAUAAUUUAACAUUCCAGACUGUAAAGAUGGAUAUGGUUGAAUGAUCAGCCCUCGCCACUGCAAGAUUUUGUGUGUACAGAUAUUUUUUAUUCAUUCCUCUUGCCGUUUGAUCACAUUACGCAGGAUGUUUAUUGUGUCACUAAGGCAUUAAGUGUACAGGUUUUUCAGGAAAACAGUGACUAUAGUAUUCGUGACCUUGUUCCUUGUUUACAUUAAGGUACAUUAGUUUUUCAAAGGUUAAAGAGAACUUUGACGGAAUUUUCACAGCACUGGAAAAGUGAGACACUGUCUUUUUGGUUUGGUUGUGAGAGGGGUCAGAAGAAGAACCAGCAGGAUUGUGCAUUUUAACAAAAAACCCAUUCCAAAACUGCAUUCCAAAGCAUAAAUAUCUCCAGAAUACAUACAAGUAUCAGGCGGUGGUUAAUUUGUGUCUUCCUUCGAUGAGCGCUGAUGAACGCAAUGUAACCACUUUAGGCAUUAAAGUCAUACAUUCAGGUGUUCUGUAUGUCAUGAAAGCAGUAAAUUUGACUAGUCGUGUAUGAAAAGAGGUUUUAUAGGAAUUAAUUAACUCCUUUUUUUAAGGUAAAGUUCCUUUUUAGCUUUUAGCUCAGUAGUAAAUAGUGAUAUUAACCUUGUAUGUAUGUAUACACAAGCCACAAAACUGCAGUUCAGUAAAUUAAGUGCAUAUAAGAAAUGCACAUUUAUGUAUGGAGCAAUUGAUGUUGUAUGUAUGCAAUAAUAAAUGUAAUUUAACAUGAAA